AUGAAAUUGAAAACAUCCCUUGUUCUUCUAACUGCUCUUGCAGGAAGCUCAGUGGCAGCGCCUACUGGGGCCCCAUUACAAGCUCGGCAGCCGGACUCAGAGGCGUUGAGAUUAUUAGAGUCUCAUCUAUCGACGGGCAAACUUACUCAAUCGGACCGUGAACUUCUGAGCAACCUUUUGAUAACAGCUUCCUUAAGGAAACGAGAGGAAGCUGGCACGUUUAGUGAUAUCGGAGGCUCCAUCGGCAGCGCUUUGGGUACAGGUGUUGGCAGCCUUGUCGAUACAGUUGUUAGUCUCGUGGACGGUGGAUUGAGUGGUGCUCUCGGAAAUGCAGGUGGUGCAAUCGGUGGCGCAACCCCUGAUCUGGGCAAGCUUUUGCAAGGACUCGGAAUCGACGGCAAAGGCAAUAUCAAUCUGAACAACAUUAUCAAAAAUAUCGGUGUUGCCAACCCUGAUCUUCAGAGCAUAUUCAAGCAGCUUGGUGCGGACUCCAAUGGAAUUCUGCCAUUGAGUACACUACUGAGUAAGCUGGGCCUCGGAAGCAACGUUGGAAAUUUGGAUUUAAGCGGCAUCCUGAACGGCAAUGGCCUUGACUUGAGUGGUCUCCUCAAAGGGCUUGGCCUCAACAAUACUGCCAUUGGUACUCUCCUCAAGAGUCUCGGUGCUGAUUCCAAUGGCAACAUCGCGCCAGCGGAUCUCCUUAAAGGCCUUGGCCUCAAUGGCCAGAGCAGCAUUAAUCUCGGCUCGCUGCUUCAGGGAUUGAAUGGAGCUGCUGGGAAUGCAGGAAUCGACUUAAGUGGCCCUUUAAAUGGUAUCAUUAGCGUUCUCAACGGUCUUGCCGGUGCUGCGUCCAGCGUCCCGGCAGGAAAAAUCUCCCUUCCUGCAGUAGGCUCUGGCUCGACCACCGGCUCUCUGACUUCAGCUUUGCAGGGACUCGCCAACGGAAUCACCAACGGAAUUUUCAGGGGUGUGGUUGGAGGACUGAGCGAUGCGACGAUCAAGGAUCUGAUUGAUAUUGUCAAGAACUCUAAGGGUGACACGCAGAAAGCCACUAACGAUCUUAAUCUGUAUGCUGCUUUACACGGCCUUGAUCCCGGAAAGCUCUUUCAGGCGGUGAAACAGGUUUUGGCUCUUGGCAGCUCAGACAACAGUCUUGGUAAUAUCCUCGAAGGGUCUGGGGGUCUUCUUGGCGGCCUUGUGGAUGCUCUUGAUGGUUUGACCAGCGGCAGGGGUGGACUUGCUGGAAUCGGUCUACCUGGGUUAGAUGGAGGCAUUGACAGCUUGGGAGAUCUUGUCAAAGCCUCUGCCAAUAUUCCAACAUCUGGGGCCACUUCGGUAUCUGGGACCACUUCGGUAUCUGCGAACACUCCGGUAUCUGGGAAUGCUUCAAGACUGACCAAUGCAGAGCUCCAGCAGUUGCUUGAUUUUGUCAGACAUGCCACUAGCCAAGACACUGUCACAAACUUUGUCAAGCAGUUUGCAGCUUCACACAAUCUUGACCCUGUAGAGCUUGCCCGUGUGCUCCAACGGCUUUUGAAUGCUGGCAACAAGGGAAGUAGCACUCCGAGCCAAUCUGGUAAUAAGAGUGGUUCGAAUGGUACUUUACCCGCAACCAACAUUGUAAUCCCCAGUGGUGGACUCAAUUUGGGCCCUGUCCUGAACGGAACUCUUGGUACCUUGAAUAACACCCUGAGUGGUCUUAAUGGCGGCAAGAAUGGUGGAAUUAACCCAAAUGGUGGCGUUCCUGGCAGUUUAACUAACCUUGGUGGAUUGAACAAGACUCUUGGUGGAUUGCCCGGCGCUCUCACCGGGGCCCUUGGCAAUCCUGGUGGUCUUGGUAGUCUUGGAGGAUUGGGCGGCGUUUCCGCCAAUGGCCUUGGAGGCUUGGCCGGUGGUCUCGUUGGCGGCCUUACCGGUCUCGUUAAUAACCUCUUGAAACUUUUGGGCCUUGGAGGUAUCCAAGGAGGAUUGGGAGGACUUGGAGGACUAGGUACGCCAGGCAUCCUUGGUUCCCUCUCGGGACUUGGAAAAGGCCUUGGAAACGGAACCAGCGCAGUUAACCUGACUGGCCUCGGCGACCUGGGUAACUUGGGCAACUUGACCAACCUUGGGAACCUGGGUAACUUGAGCAAUCUUGGUAACCUGGGCAAUUUGACUAACCUGCCUGGUCUCGGCAACUUGGGCAACCUGGGCAACUUGACUGGCCUGCCUGGUCUCGGCGACUUGGGCAACUUGACUAACCUUGGUAAUCUGGGUAACUUGGGCAACUUGGGCAAUCUAGGCAACUUGACCAACCUUGGCAACCUAGGUAACUUGACCAAUCUAGGUAACCUGGGUAACUUGAGCAGCUUGGGUAACUUGAGCAGCUUGGAUAACUUGGGCAACCCGGGAAGUCUCGGAAACCUUGGGAACCUGACUGGUUUGACGAAUAACCUAACUGGCGGGCUCCCUGGUUUGGGAUCUGGACUCCUGAAUCCGAACUCGACGGUUAUUGGAGCUGUUGGCCCUCUUGUUGGCAACUUAACAGUAACUCUCGGUUCUCUUGAUGGCAACUCAACUGGUGCACUUGGUUCUCUCCCAGACUUGGGAUCAGCUCUAUCUGGCGUGGGAUCUAACUUGGGAUCUGCCGCUUCCGGUCUGGGCUCAGCAGCAACUGAUUUGGGAUCAGCAGCGAAUGGUCUAGGAUCUAUUGCAUCUGGGCUGGGGUCGGCGGCAGCAGGUGUAGGAUCAGCUGCUACUGGCUUGGGAUCGACUACAGGUACUCCUGACUUGGGAUCUAAUCUCGGAAUUGUUACAUCUGGCCUGACGGGUGGCUUGGGACCCGGCUUAGACAAUGGUUUGGGAUCUGCAGAUUUAGGAACACUCAUCUCAGGCUUAGGAUCAGCAGUCUCUGGGGUGGGAUCCGGUCUGGGAUCUACCGUCUCUGGUUUAGGUUCAACUCUUUCCGGCUUGGGGUCGGCAAUCUCUGGUGCAGGACUUCCCGUGGGAUCUGUUGCUUCUGGCCUUGGAUCAACCGUCUCGGGUGUGGGAUCAAAUGCUUUUGGUUUGGGAUCUGCAGCCUCAGGAUUAUCAUCAACUGUGGGAUCGACCGUCUCUGGGCUGACUUCCUCAGGCUUACUGACUUCCGGUGUCCUCAACUUGGGCUCAUCCGUCGGAUCCGGUUCUGGCUCCGUCGUUGUACCCAGCUCCGGCAAUGGUACCCUAUCAAGUGCUGGACUAGGCUUGGGAUUAUCUGCUUUAGGAUCGGGCACUGCAGGUUCAUCCAACAGAACCGCGUUUGUUGUCGAACCCAGCGAUUCCGACGAGGACGAUUCCCCGCGGUCCAACGUCAGAGGCUCUCAUGCGGCAAAAUUCAGAUCUAAGCUUCGCAAAGCUAAAGCUAGAGCAGUGUAG